AUGGUUAUGAGGACGCUACUUCUCACUGCACUCGCUGCCAGCCUUUCAUUGGCAUCUCCUUUUGAGCGAGCUGCGACGGCAGUCAACACAACUACGUGCAAUGGGCAAACCUACGUAUACCAGGCUCUGGCCGGCUACGGGUUCACUCCAUCGGACUCUCGCGACAAAUUUGGCGAUACUGCUGGCGGCAUCGGCAGUAGUGCUGCUAUCGAUCAGAAGUCGUGGGAAGUCGACAGCAACGGUGUCUACACAGGUAUACUCUGGAGUCUUCCAGAUCGCGGUUGGAAUACUGAAGGCACUUUGAAUUAUCAACCUCGAGUUCAUAAGUUCCAAAUCACCUUCAAGCCUGACACGGUGUCGAACUCGAGCUCGCCCAACCUCCAUUUGGAAUAUCUCGACACAAUCCGCUUCACAGACCCUGUGGGAACACCCCUGACUGGCCUGGAUCCUGACCAACAGCCGCCUUACCUUUCAUUUCCUGGCUUCUCCGAGCUUCCAUCCGCCACUUACAUCGGGGAUGGCUUUGGCGGCAAUGGGACGGGCGGGCAAAGGGUCGUCGGCGACACUGAAGGUCUUGUUCUCGCCGACGACGGCUUCUGGAUCUCAGACGAGUACGGGCCAUACAUUUUCCACUUCGACCACAGCGGGCGAAUGACGGUCGCUAUUCGCCCACCACCCGCAAUCAUUCCCCAGCGCAACGGCACCGAUUCCUUCAACGCAGCCAGUCCACCAAGAUAUGACCCCAACAUUACCACUACCCCAACGAAUCCUACUAGCGGGCGGUCCAAUAAUCAGGGGCUUGAGGGCCUCACUUCCUCGCCAGACAGGAAGACCCUCUACGCACUCAUGCAGUCCGCAUUAGUCCAGGAGGGCGGUCGCAACGCCUCGACCCGCCGUCUCGCCCGCCUGCUCGAAUACGACAUCAGCGACGCGGCCCAUCCCGUCUACAAGGCCGAGUAUGUCGUUCCGUUGCCGGUCUUCGCGAACAGCACCCUCGUGGCUGCGCAGUCGGAGAUCCACUUCAUCAGCCCGACCCAGUUCCUGGUGCUUGCGCGUGAUUCGGGUCGCGGCCACGGCCAAUCCAACUCCCAGUCCCGAUACCGCCAUAUCGAUGUGUUUGACAUCUCCAAUGCCACAAACAUCGCCAGUAGCGGAAGCAGUAAAGGGUACGACGCGACCACCGCGGCCGUCGCCUCCGUGGACGGCGUCCUUGCAUCCACCGUGGUCCCAGCCACCUACUGCCCGUGGCUCGACUUCAACGUCAACGCCCAGCUCAACCGAUUUGGUGUCCACAAUGGUGGCGAGCAGGAUGCCGGCCUUCUCAACGAGAAAUGGGAGUCCAUUGCCAUUGCGCCUGUCAACCCGCCCUCGAACGCUGGGUGGAAGGACUGGCAGGCUGGGUCUCAGGGCGAAUACUUCAUUUUCAGCCUAAGUGACAACGACUUCAUCACCCAGAAUGGGUUCAUGAAUGGAGGGCAACUCCCGUAUGCGGACGAGAGCGGGUAUAGUCUGGAUAAUCAGGUUUUGGUCUUCAAGGUCUCCCUUCCUGUCGCGUAA